AUGGUUAUGAGUGAAUACUCUGCUGAGAUACCUGUAAUCUGUGCUUUUUAUUCUAUUGAUUUCGAUGAGCCAACACCAGAUCGGAAGGUUAGCCAAAACGGGAAGAGAAUGAUGAGUCGUUUGAGAGUGCUCGAGAGGGAGAAUGCAGAGUUGGAGACGAUGCGUGAAAGCGGUCGACCCGCCAAGGUCGCCAAUCUCAUGGCCCUUCGCCGACGCCACCUCACACGGCUUCACAAGCAAAAUGCUCGUUCAGAGAGGUUACUGGAUGAUGUGGAGUCCGAAGUCGAAGUCUUUACCAAUACCCUGACAAUGCUCCAACAACAGCUCUCAAUUGCUAACGCAACCAUCGAGGUACUUGCCGUUGCUCUGGCUAACUACUCCUCUUCCGAUGCAGGAUCUACUCUACCCUCUUCACCAUCCCCUCAUCAAAGAUGCAUCGAACUCCUCCAGUCUUCUGAAUGGUCCAUCCCGGAGUCUCUGCGCGAAUUCUCUACCGCCGCCGACUCUUCACCACUCCAGCAGCAAAGUAAUGAUUGUGGUCAGGAAAAUUCAUAA